AUGAUUAAGACGCUCGAUGGGGAUACCGUCCGCCGCUUGGGCAAUACCGCGUCGACGUUGGCCGAGUUAGCAGCGCAGGCGGUGCUUUCCAGUGGAGACCGGGGCGAGAUUGCUAUCGACUUCGACGAGAUCGUUGUCAGCCACGACGAUGAGAGGCUCAGUUUUGAUGACUACCCGAUAAGAAAGGCUCGGGAACAACAAAAGGAUCAACAACAACACCUUAAAGAACUAAGAGAUUUGCUUAUAGAGGUGACACCGUUGGGACGGCGGUACCAGAUCGUAUCGGGUGAUACCGUAUAUUUUGACGUUGAUAGUACCACUGAAUUGUCUCUAUUUCGACUGGUAUAUGGAGAUUUUGAUAUGACACCCGUCGAAGCUUCCUACAAGGCAACUACAGUGCGAGGGUGGCUAUGGGAUAAGCCGAAACGGUACCUAUAUCUUAAUGACUCACCAAAACUACCACCAACCAAAUACAAGUACAACUUUGUGCUUUUCAUUGAAGGCACUGACGACUGGGGAAUCCUUCUCGACCAGAUGUUUGGGCUUAUGAGUCCAGCUCGACGCCCCAUGGCUCGUCAGAGCCCGCGAAAGAGAAGCCAAUCUCCGGCACUAGCCCCAGCCAAGAAGAUCACAAGUCAGGACCUACAAUCAAUCAAAGUGAUCAAACAAGUGAAGGAGCGCUUCAUAUUGGCUCGCCUCGAAACUAAUGGGGAGGUAAUCAUGUUUGAUCAACACGCCGCCGAUGAACGCGCGAGACUUGAACAUUUAUUGGCAGUUGUUGAUCUGACGUCUGUUGAUAUGGAUAAAGUGGUAGCGGUCCCGUUUCUGCACCGUUUAGCAUCUAAUCUUGCCCAGUUUGGCUUUACCAUAGAGUCAGCUGAUGAUGGCAAUACUAAAGUGGUGGCGAUCCCCGAAUUACUUGAAGGGAUAACCGAUGAGCAACUUAAGAAGGCGCUUAGUGAUCAUCUACAGGCUCUACUACUGCACGAUAAACCCUGGAUCCUACACGAUAGAUUCCAUUACCAAAGCUACCCCGAGGUGGUGCUUCAAACCGCUUACUCAGUAGCGUGUAAAAGUGCAAUCAAGUUUGGCGAUAAGCUUUCUCAGAAAGAUAUGACGCAAUUGUUAUCAGAACUAAAACAGUGUCGUGAUCCUUUCCAUUGUGCCCAUGGCCGGCCCACCAUGGUGACUCUAGACACAUCGUUAAUGAGAAACCGAUCUCCCAUUGACAAGGACUACCUAGAAAAGACACCAGAACGCUAA